AUGAACAGGUCAAUGGAUGAAGAAUAUAAUGUACAUCUGAGUUGGGCUGUUGCAUCAGGAAUCACCUGUACAGCUGCACUAGUGAUAAAUGGAUUUAUCGUGUCUGUGAUUGCCACCGACUGGAUAAAACAAAGACCAGUGAUGGCGACUGACCAAAUUCUCACCUCCCUCGGGAUCACAAGGAUUAUCUACCAAUCUGUAUACCUACUGGACAUCUUUUUUGACAAGUUCUUUAUAAAAAGACAUAUAAUAUAUAUGGCGAUUGUUUACUUUAUUUAUGAAGUCUCCUUCUAUGUCGGCAUCUGUUUAGUAAACCUUCUCACUGUUGUCUUCUGUCUGAAGAUCUACAACUCACACAAUGCCUUCUUUCGACGUCUGAAGAUGAUGAUAUUACAGAGGGUCGUCUGUCUAAUUAUUGCCUAUGUGCUGAUUCCAAUUUGUUACUUUGCAAUAUUUGUAUUAAUUGCUAUUAUUACAUUGCCUCAGAAUGUAUUGAACACAACAUACAUAAAGGAAGUAAGUGAAACUAACAUGUAUACAUCUUUACUAUGGGACACUGCGCUAUUUCUCGUGUACGUCAUGUCAUCCGUCCUUCUUAUUUCCGUUCUGUGCCAUCACAUGAAAAGGAUGAGUUGUGACAGAGCUGUAACAGGACAACUGGACACUUAUUACAAGAUUAUAAAGUUCUCAGCUUUCUCAUUAUUUAGUUACAUCUUUUAUUUUGUCGCCCGUGUUACUUUAUGGCUAUAUCUGGGAUCACUGGAUGAUGUAGGAAUUCAUUUUAUUAUGAAUGUUUUUCCAACUCUGCAUUCUGUGUACCUGAUCUAUGUAACAGCCAGGCUAAGGACUUGUCUCUCUGCAAUUCUCCAACAAGGAACCAAAUUCUGGCUCAGUUGCAGACGUUGUUAUCCUGAAGACGGAGAUCCGGUGGAGACAAUCACUCAAAGACUUUAG